AUGGUGCAAUCUGCUCGUUCCGAUGGUGGCGAGUUUGUGGCUGUCCAGUGUGGUGCCUGGAGAGUGUGUAGCCUGUGGCAGCGGCCCAGUCAAGCUCUCCAAGGUGGCCUUGCUCAGACCCUGCAUGAGCUCAGCACGGGAGGGUUCCCUCUUCUAGCGUUUGGCGACUUCAAUCACCUGCCACAUGAGGGCACUGUUGCCGCGACUCCUGAGGCCUGGGUUUACGCCGCUCGGGAUGAUGAUCAGGCUUUGCUGCCUACCAGGUGGCAAUCCAAACGCUGCAUCGACUUUUGCAUGGCCGUGCCUCCCAGCGGGGCCAAUGCUCAUCUCCAUGUUGUCGAGGUUGCACAGGCACAGGUUUGGCUGCACGAGGUCGCGCUCUCGGAUCAUAGGGCUGUUUGCGUUCGACUUCCUGGUUGUCUUCAGCAGCGGGCGGCUUCGGUGCUCCAGCCCUGCCGUAACUUUGGACUGCCCAAGGGUUUGAACUUCAACCGAUGGCGCACUGCGAUCUCCGAGGCCUAUGGACCUGCCGAGGCCUGCCCUGCCAUUCGUUCUCAGGACCACUUGGAUGCCUGUUGGAGCCAGUGGUGCGCGAAACUUGAAAGGGCCUUUGGUUCCGUGCCGUGCCAGUCGCUGGCUUCCGGGGUCCGCAAGGCCAAUGAUGAUGUCGAGGCGGUCGAGCUGCUUCGUGACCUGUGGGAGGGAGUGUGGAAUCGUCCGCGGCCCCCGGAUGAGCAAGUGUUUCAGGCCUGGGCUGAGGAAUGGGCUUCCCCGCCACAAGGCUUCCAAUGGGAAGCUUUUACCGCUGAUGAGCUUGAGGCCGCGGCCCGUGGUUCUCAUUCCAAAGCUGCUGGCACUUCCGGUUGGACACCGAUGGAGCUUCGAGCGGCUCCCAAGGCGGCUUUUCAGGACUUGGCUUCGCUCCUCAACGCGGCCAUGCGGAUUGGCCUUGUCCCCUCGAUCUGGAAAGAAUCGGUGCAAGUUCACUUACCAAAAGAGGGAGCGGCGAGCGAAUGCCAAGUCGAUAAGAUGAGGCCCAUCACGAUUCUUUGCGCCGUUUGGCGCUUGGUGGGAUCUGCAGUGGUAAAACGACCCGCCUUCCGAGGUUGGCUUCAAGCUUGGGCUCCGGCGAGUUGUCACGGAGCCAUUCCUGGCCGUGACAUUAGCACUGCUAUUGCCAUUCUUGAGGAGCGCUUCCACUGUGAUCGAGCCAUGCUGGCGAGUCUCGACCUUCAGAAGGCUUUUGACAACUGCUCUCCGAAGGCCGCCAUCCGGAUGCUUAUGCACUUGGGCUUUCCCUCGUGUAUGGCUAAGUGGCUUGAGCAAGUUUGGAGUGAACAGCGCCGCUGGUUGAGCUGGCGCACUGCCUUGAGUGAUGCGCCCUGCUGGGCUGGUUCUAGCCUGCCUCAAGGGGAUGCCCUGGCUCCGCUAGCGAUGGUUGCUUACAUGUCGUCGGUUGCGCUAGCUUUGGAUCGGACUUACCCGAGGAUCCACGCGAGCUUCUUUCUGGACGACAGGAGUUUGACGGGGACCGACGCUCACGAGACUUUGGAGGCGGUUGCCUUCACCGAGCAGUGGUCGCAACGUUUGGCCCUCCAGGAGAACUACAGCAAGCUCAAGGUCGUCGCGCGUGACCCUCUGCAACUUGCUACUUUGUGUCGUCGACGCCCUCAGGCCGUUGCUCAGACCACCCGGGUCCUGGGAAUCGACUUCAGUGCUCGUCGCAACCAAGCGGACAGGCCUACGGCUCGGCAGCGAGCCAAGGAUGCUCUGGAGCGGGCUUCGCGGAUCAUCCUGUCGCCUUUGUUCCGGCAGCACAAGCGGCUUUUGUUCCGUCAGUUGGUUGUUCCAAAGUUUUGCUUCGGCUGGUUCACCUUCCACACUUUGGGUAAGGACUGCACUGCUUACUGGAGCAAGUUUCGUCGUGCUGCUGAGUGCCACCGUCAGGCAGCCGUUCCCCUUCUUCGUCUUCUCGAAGGUCAUUUCACUGACUGCCGAUUCACGGCUGGGCAAAUGGCCUUCUCAGCUUUGUGGAGAGCAGCCUCAAGAGGCGUCCUUCAACAGUGGCGGGUUCCGGCCGAGGCCUCUACUUGGCAGGGCCGGGUUCGGACCUUUCUUCGGUCCCUUGACUGGAUGGAGCAGGGGCCUUGGCACUGGAGUCACCCUGCUCUUGGCGACGUUCACUUUGGGCAGCGGACGGCUCGUGCCCGCCGGCACGGUUUGCAUCUGCUAAGGGAGUCGUGGCGUCGUGUGCAACUUAAGGAGUUCGCGCAGCUCAACCGCCGUGACAGCGUUGGACUUCGUGGUCAUUUGCUGUACGAUGAGCAGCAGGUCAAGGCCACCAGCCGCCUUUUUCAGAAGGCUGACAGGCGUUUGGGAUGGCCGGAGCGUGUUGCUCAGAGGUGGAGGUCCGAUGCACUACGGCACAUGGCUGUGGUGCGAGCUGCUCAGGCCGAGGUCCCUUCGGAGGAGCUGCACCACAAGGGCGAGGAGAUGCAGAUCGCUUGCCAGGAGGAGGAUGAUGCUUUGUCAAGGCAGGCCGUCUUUUGUCAGGUUCGGCACGCUCUCAGCAGCUUCUUGCAGCUCUUCGACAGCGAAGGCCAGAGACACUUGUCGUUGCAGUCACUUUCAUGGAAAGAGAAGUGGCAGUGGGCCUCGCUGGCCGAGAGACGGAUCUUCAAACAGGAGGGCACAGGAAGGGCAGCAAGCGACCUGCCUCUCGGCCUGCUCAGCGUCAUGCUUCUUCAGCUCCAGCCACCUGAACAAGUUCACGAGUGGCCUUGCAACCUUUGCUCCACGGUGCUAGCUGCGAAGACGCGAGCGGAGCUCACGAAAAAGAGGGACAACCACAUUGUUCGUGCUCAUCCUCGUGAGGACAGGGCACGCUUCAUGACUUUGAGUGGCACCAUGGGAGCUGGUCGCCGCCCUCGCUCGGCGAAGCCAGGAGGCAGAGACAGGCUUGGCAGGUGGACAUGGAAGUGCGACUUGUGCCACGUGUGCCUCAAACAUGCUGCUAAGCCUGCUUUGAGGGGCCUUCGGGAUCAUCAUAUCAAAGUUUGCCACCCUGGAGUUUGCGGCUCUUCUUUCAAGACCGUCAAUGGCCACCAGGGCAGGAAAACACUCUUCGACCAGGGCGAGCUGCGGCAGGUGCUCUUUGGCUCCAAACGUGGACCUGGCAACAACACUGGUGCGAUCGAGGACAAUGUCAAGCUCAAGGCCUACCUCGAUGAUAGAAGGGCGGCUGCAGUUAGGCAGGGCAUGGAACCCAACCCCGGCCCAUCGUCGAGUCGUGCCUUGAAACUCCGGAUUGUCACUUGCAACUGCAACGGCCUGACCAAUGCAAACCAGGCUGCGGCGGCGAUCUGUGCGCUGAGGCCCCGCGCCAUCAUGCUGCAGGAGAUCCGAGCCAACGAACGGGAAGCUACUUUGUUCGAGCGGAAGGACAUCCGGGCCCACUUUGUGUGCAGCGCUGCCGAGGAGGAGUUCGAGACCGUGGUGAUCGAUUGCGAGUCCUUUGUGUUGUGUAGCCUUUGGCUCCAACCGCACUCCAGUGGCGCAUCUCUUCAGGAAUACCUCGGUGCUACCUUUGAGGCUGCUCGUCGGAGGAGGCUGCAGGUCUUCAUAGCGGGUGACUUCAACCAGGUGCCGGAGGAGAAUACUUUGGUGACCAUGGGCGAGGACCUUCACUUUCAUUGUGUUCGUGAUGAUCAAGGAGCUCCUCGACCUACCAGGUGGGGGGGUCUGCGUGCCAUCGACUACCUAGUUGGGAUGGAGCUGGAGCACGCCGAGGGCUGGUUCCUUGAGGAUGUUAUCGGCGACCACGUGGCAGCGAUCGACCUCGGCGACUCCGAAAUGGAAUGGCAGCGACCCAAUGCUGAGCUCGAGAGCACUUUUGUUCAGGACCAGGUUAGCUCGUUCUACCAAAGGCGCUUGGCAAAGUGGCUGGGGCCAGCCGACCGUGUUCAUGACUGGGAGCAGCUGGAGCGAACUGCGACGGCCGAGCUUGCCAAAGUUCGGGAUGAUCAUCUCUCCUUCGUUGGCGAAAAGACAUUGAGGACCAAGGCCACGGGCAUUCGCUACAAGGAUGUCACAGGUUGUUGGCAUCGCACCGCUGAUGUCACUGAGGCCUUUGCGGCGAUCAAGGACCAAUGGAGGCCUAUUUGGCAUAGACCUGAGCCCGUGCCGGAGGCAACUGCCAUGAUCAAUGGUCGGCUGCCACGGGGCGGCUUUCGCUCCGAAGGCAACUGGAGCAUUUCGGCUACCGACCUGUGGCGCGCUGCCCAGGGUCGGAAUGGCUCGGCCGGGCUCGACGGCUGGACAGCCGAGGAGCUCACGUGGCUACCGGAGAGUUUCUGGCACCAGUUCGGCGAGUUUUCCUCCCAAAGUGCGGCGGCGACCACGGCGAUGUUGAGGCAAAGGACAUGCGGCCGAUCAGCAUCGCUAGCCGCUAGCUCCUUUUGCCGCACCAUCAGUGCCGCCAUCCUCGGGAGCAGGGGCUGCCAGCAGUGGAUUCCUCAGGUCGUCACCGAUGAGAUGCACGGAGGGCUGGCCCAACGGAGUCUGGAGACCGCAAUCUGUGAUUUGGCUUCUGCAUGGGAGGAGCAAGCGGCCAUCUUGGUGUCCCUCGACCUCAAGAAGGGCUUCGACUACGCGGACCCGGAGCACACCAUCAAGGUCAUGUCGCACGGCCUGCCAGCUCGUUGGGCUCUGUACUUCGGCUUGGUGUGGCUUAUGCAGCGGCGCUUUUGCCAGCUGGGCGAGUACCUGGACACCUCGGCCACUCUUUGCACGAGGAGCUUGCCGCAAGGGGACCCUUUCGCGCCGCUCGCUUUCUCGCUGCUCAUCCGCAUUGCCGUUGAGAGCAUCAGGGUGCCACCCGGCAUGGCAUGCAGCAUCUUCAUUGACGAUCGCAAUGCUGUGGUGAAGAGCGUUGAAGCGGCGGUCUCCUUUGUGAACCAGUGGGAGAGUUGGGCGGACCGUCUUGGUCUCCACGAAAACUCCGACAAGGCGCGGCUGGUGGCCAAGCGCCUCAAGGACAAGAAGGGGCUGCUCGAGCACUUCGAGCCGACCCUCAUCGUCGACCAGGCCAGAGCUUUUGGCGUUGACUUUCACCGCCUGCAGCGAGGGAAACACGCCUCUCAAGAGGGCCGGCGCGAGGAGGCAGUCAAAAGACUGAAGCGGCUCUGCAAGGUGCCACGUGGACUGCGACUCAGGGAGCAGCUCUUUGUCAGCAGAGUUCUUUCUGUUGGAGCUUGGGGUUGCUGGCUUCGGGAGUUUCGAGCAAGCAAAGAGUUCGGAUCGCUCGCCAAGACUCUCCUUCGGGGGCACAAGUCCGCUUCCCGUGACCUGUGGGAAGUUCUUCAAGGGCACAUCACGGACAUCGCUUUUGUCGGGGUGUGCCGAAGUUUCGGUGCUCUGGCCAGAGGCAUCGCCUAUCGGCACAGGCGGGGCAGGGCGCUUUCGGGAGGCGUCUGGUGGAACUGCCUGGAGUCCUCUUUGAGCGCUCUGGGUUUCACGGCGGCCAGAGGCCACUACGUGCACGCUUCGGUCGGCUCCUUCGAGUGGCCUUGGCGUCCUGGCUUGGGUGCUUUGAGCAGAUGGCUGGCGCAGUCACUGCAUGUGCUCAGGGAAGCUUGGCGCCUGAUGAAAUGGGAUCUUUUCUGUGCUUCAUCAAACGUUGGUUCGCCACCGGCCAUUUGA